GCUGUGAUAUUACAGGAAUCGCAGCCAUGGCUCGGCACUUUAUAAGGCUGUGCCAGCGCCCUGAGCGGUGCAUUUGCUGUGACGCUCAGCUGCCGGCUAUGAGGCUCCAUCAGCUCCUGUUUGCGCUGCUCUUCCUGUUCGUGGUGCCUGCUCCAGGUGAAGGAGGGCUCAUAAACGCAGUGCAGAGAUACUUUUGCAGAGUGAGAGGCGGCCGCUGCGCUGCGCUGACCUGCCUUCCCCGGGAGACCCAGAUAGGCCACUGCUCCCUCAAGGGCCGGAAAUGCUGCCGAAGAAAGAAAUAAAUGCUCUGGAAACACGACGGACAUGUACAGUGGGGAGAUGCUUUCUUAAG